AAGUAGACGAAUUGUAGUCGCUGCGUGGUGCGCACGCGCAGAAUUUUUUUUCGUAAAAUUAAUAAAUCGAAAAUCGUUUAUUCUUGUGUGAGUGGUUUACGUCAUUGUGUUCGGUUUAUCUUAAGAAUUGGUGAACCUAAUUUAAGAAGCCCGUACUGUUUACGUAGCGCCAGACUGUGUAAACAAUCGAGAGAUUUUUGAAAUCGAUUCGGCGUUUGAAUUUCGAUUGCGAUAAUUGGUUGUUAAGUGGAUAGUGUUUAGAGCUCGAGUUUAUUCAUUUAUGACUGUUAGCGAGUGUCGAAGAUGGGUGCGGUGAAGAGUAAGCUGGCUGGAUGCUGUCCGCCUCAAUGCGUUUGUUGUCUGGGCAGCAAGUCGGAUUCCUGGGACCUUAAGAAAUUACCACGGCCACCGCUACUUGACACUUCUAAUGAUGUCAUCAGCGGAACUAGACAAGGCGUGCUCGCGGUCCAAGGGAUAGACUUCUGUAUCGAGACGAACGGGGAUAACCAUCAUACCAACAAAUUCAAUCUGAUGACAAGGAAUGUCGACAGAUGUCUGGUUGUCAGACGAGGUCAGGCCUUCAAACUCGACAUAUUAAUGAACAGACCGUACGAUGCGACUCGAGACGCUAUUUCCUUCAUAUUCUAUGUAGGAGAUGUUGAGAAGCGUGGACCAUCAGACGACACAUCGGCAGCAGUGCCGUUGCUGGAGAAGGGUUCAGAGACCGUGGGCUCUUGGAGCGCGGUAUACGAAGGUCAGGUGGACUCUCAUCUCAUGGUAGCUGUCACCCCGGCUGUUGACUGCAUAGUCGCCGCGUGGAAGAUCGACGUUGACACGAAGCUUGUCACCGGAGAGUCGCUUAGCUACACGCACCCUCAGCCUGUGUAUAUCCUAUUCAAUCCUUGGUGUUUGAACGACAGCGUGUAUAUGCCUGGUCCAAAUCACCGCGAGGAGUACGUCCAAGAAGACGGUGGUCUGAUGUACAGAGGUGUGUACAACCGUAUCAAGCCCUCGCCCUGGAACUACGCCCAGUAUGAAAAGGAUAUUCUAGACUGCGCCUUAUAUCUAGUCAGAGAAGUCGGCAAGGUCAAGGGUCGUGCGCGAAGUGAUCCGAUCAGAACAGUACGUGCUCUCUCAGCGGCGGUCAACGUGCAGGACGACAAUGGUGUACUGUUCGGCAACUGGGGCUCAGAGCUUAGCGACUACAACGGCGGCACACAUCCCCUCAAGUGGGUCGGCUCAUUGUCCAUACUACAAAAGUACUAUGAGAAAAAGAAACCCAUCAAGUACGCGCAAUGUUGGGUUUACGCUGGUGUUUUGACAACGAUCUGCAGAGCACUUGGCAUUCCCUGCAGACCAGUGACUGGUUACGAUGCAGCCCACGACAGUCAAGGCAGUCUCACCAUCGACAUCAUCAAAGACGAUGAGGGAAACACUUUAGAAGAAUUCACCAGAGACUCCGUUUGGAACUAUCACGUCUGGAAUGAGGUAUGGAUGGAGCGACCGGACUUAGGACCGGAGUAUAGUGGAUGGCAGGCGAUAGACUCAACGCCGCAGGAGACCUCGGAGGAUAUCUACAGACUGGGGCCGGCGUCGCUGCGCGCGGUGCGGGAAGCAGAGUUACAGCGACCCUAUGAUGUGUCGUACGUCUUCGCACAAGUCAACGCAGAUAAGGUGUUAUGGAAAUACUCAGGUGAAAUUCAACCGUUGAAGCUAAUGGCUCGUGAUACGACGUCGAUUGGCCAGUACAUAUCCACCAAAGCUAUUGGAACCAUGGAACGUGAAGAUAUUACGGACACAUAUAAAUAUCCUGAACGAACGUGGGAGGAGAGAGAGACAAUGGAGAAGGCUCUUCGGAAAUCUGAAAGUAUCUUCGCGAGAUAUUACCUUAAUGAUGCCUUUAAUGAUGUGGUUUUCGACUUCGAAUUGAGAGAUAACAUCAAAAUUGGACAAGAUUUUAGUGUCGUGCUGCACAUAAACAAUCGUUCGCUGGUGAGCCCGCACCAGGUGAAGGGCGUGCUGCGCGUGGACACGGUGACAUACACCGGCAGGACAGGGGAGGGAGUCAAGCGGAAAGAGUUUGAGUUCAACUUGACGCCAGAGGCUAAAGAAGUGGUCACAUUAAUGGUCACUUUUGACGACUACUUUAAGAAGCUUGUCGAUCAGGCAUCAUUCAAUAUUGCGUGCUUAGCGACUAUAGUCGAUAAACAGUUCGAUUAUUUCGCACAAGACGACUUCAGAGUACGAAAUCCUGACAUAAAGAUUGAGAUCGACGGAAAACCGAUAUCCCAUCAAGAGAUGAACGUUACCGUUAAGGUCGAGAAUCCUCUGCCGAUACCGCUGAAGAAUGGAAAGUUCUACAUACAAGGUCCCGGAUUAGAUGAACAACUUAAGAUUGAACUAAAUGAGAAUGUAGCUCCUGGGGAAUUCGCCACAGCUCAGUUCAAACUCACUCCGCCUUGGGGCGGCCGACAUCAGAUAUCUGCCAAGUUCACCUCCAAGGAGAUACGAGAUAUUGACGGCUUCAAAACUUUCAUAGUCGCGGCACCGGCCGAACUAAACGGAGUCUCAUCAGUGUGAACUGAUUUUAAGAAACCAAGAUAAGGAUUUUUAACUUCAAAUUUAACCUAAAUUUUGAUAACUACAAAACUAUUUAACUACGUCGUAGUCUUUGCCUCCAAAAAUUAAACAAAAAAAUGGGACCCACCUGCAAGCAUUACCUUUCGGAUUAAAAAAAUUAUUAUCAAAGUCCACUAGCGGCGGAGUUAUGCCCUAACACACAUAAAAAAACAUACAGACGAAUUGAAUACCUCCUUGUGUUGGGAAGUCGGGUAAAAAAUUGACUCGAAACGGUCAAACAUGCUUUUUAAAAUCAGAAUUUAAUGUUUAUAGGCCGAGUUGUACAGGAAUUGGUACAUUUUAUUAUUCCUCUCAUUGUACCAAAUUUAAAGAUAGCGAAAUGAUAAUAAUACCAGAUAAAUGAUACGUCAAAGGCCAAAGUUCAAAUCCUAAAUAUGUAUCUAGAUUAAAAAAUCUACUUGAAGUCUAGCAGAUGACUUUAUAACCAAAAUAGUGUUACGCUUGUUGAAAUAAAUGGUAGAGAAAUAAAUAGUGAAUAAGGAUAUUGAGUUUU